CUACUUACCAGUAAAAAACUACGAAAAGUAACAAGAUGCAGUUCAAGUUCCUGUACUUCUUCCUGGCUGUGAUGACCAUCUUCAUCCUGGGCGCCAAGGAAGCGGAUGCCGACUGUCUUUCCGGAAGAUAUGGAGGUCCCUGUGCCGUCUGGGACAAUGAGACUUGCCGUCGUGUGUGCAAGGAGGAAGGACGAGUCAGUGGACACUGCAGCCCCAGUCUGAAGUGCUGGUGCGAAGGAUGCUAAAUCUGCUUCCUCUUCGGUGGAUGUUCCCAAAAAGUCCCGAAAUCCGUGGCUCGAAAUCCCAUAUAAACUACUCUAUCUUAAUGUGUAGCAUUGGUUGAGAACUACAAAUACAUAUAUGGUUGCAAA